GAUUAAGUGACGGUUUAAAAAUGACAACUUCAUGGAGUGACAGACUCCAGAAUGCAGCAGAUCUUCCUGCAAAUAUGGAUGGGCAUGCUAUGAAAAAGUACCGUCGGGAAGCCUAUCACCGGGUCUUUGUGAACAGAAGUUUAGCAAUGGAAAAGAUAAAGUGCUUUGGUUUUGAUAUGGAUUACACUCUUGCUGUGUAUAAAUCCCCUGAAUAUGAAUCUCUUGGAUUUGACCUGACCGUAGAAAGAUUAGUUUCCAUUGGAUACCCUCAUGAGCUGCUCAGUUUUGUCUAUGAUCCUGCAUUCCCUACCAGAGGCCUGGUGUUUGAUACGCUUUAUGGAAACCUGUUGAAAGUUGAUGCUUAUGGGAACCUCCUAGUUUGUGCACAUGGUUUUAACUUCAUCAAAGGGCCAGAAACUCGGGAGCAGUACCCAAAUAAAUUUAUUCAGAGAGAUGACACAGAAAGGUUUUACAUUCUGAACACGCUGUUCAAUCUACCAGAGACCUACCUGCUGGCAUGCCUAAUAGAUUUCUUUACGAACUGUGACAGAUAUUCUAACUGUGAAACAGGAUUUAAAGAUGGAGACCUCUUUAUGUCCUUCAGAAGUAUGUUCCAGGAUGUCAGAGAUGCUGUUGACUGGGUUCAUUACCAGGGAACUCUCAAGGAAAAGACACUUGAGAAUCUGGAGAAGUACGUUGUGAAAGAUGUAAGUAUGGGGUUAUUUUGCUGAGCUGUCAUGAAUGAGGUUGGAAAGGUGUUUCUUGCCACAAACAGUGACUAUAAAUACACAGAUAAAAUUAUGACUUAUUUGUUUGAUUUUCCUCAUGGACCAAAGCCUGGAAGCUCUCAUCAGCCCUGGCAGUGCUACUUUGACCUAAUUUUAGUGGAUGCACGAAAACCCAUCUUUUUUGGAGAAGGCACAGUAUUGCGCCAAGUGGACACUGCUACUGGCAAGUUGAAGAUUGGUACCUACACAGGGCCCCUGCAGCAUGGCAUUGUCUAUUCGGGCGGUUCCUCAGAUACAAUUUGUGACCUGCUGGGGGCCAAGGGCAAAGACAUUUUGUACAUUGGAGACCACAUCUUUGGAGACAUCCUAAAGUCCAAGAAACGUCAGGGCUGGAGGACCUUCCUAGUAAUUCCUGAACUAGCCCAGGAGCUGCAUGUGUGGACUGACAAAAGCUCCCUUUUUGAAGAGCUGCAGAGUCUGGACAUUUUCUUGGCAGAGCUGUACAAGCAUUUGGACAGUAGCAGCAAUGAACGCCCUGACAUCAGUUCCAUCCAGAGACGUAUUAAGAAAGUGACUCACGACAUGGACAUGUGCUAUGGGAUGAUGGGAAGCCUGUUCCGUAGUGGCUCAAGACAGACCCUCUUUGCCAGCCAGGUGAUGCGUUAUGCAGAUCUCUAUGCAGCAUCUUUCAUCAACCUCCUGUACUAUCCGUUCAGCUACCUCUUCAGAGCUGCCCACGUACUGAUGCCACAUGAAUCCACAGUGGAGCACAUUCAUGUGGACAUCAAUGAAAAGGAAUCGCCUCUGGCCACCCGCAACCGCACCUCAGUGGACUUCAAAGAUUCCGACUACAAACGGCAUCAACUGACCCGGUCCAUCAGUGAGAUAAAACCUCCUAAUCUCUUCCCUCAGACUCCUCAAGAAAUCACACAUUGCCACGAUGAGGAUGAUGAUGAAGAGGAAGAGGAGGAGGAAGAGGAAUAGGAAAGAAAAAAUGAAGCCUCUUUGAAGAUAAAACGUGUUUGUGGCAGUGAUGAGCUGGAGCAGAUUCUCUUGUUCGGUUCCAGGGGAGUGGGUGCGAUUCUUUCAAAGACACAUUUUGAAAGUUUCUAAAACCUUUUUAAAAUUAACACUAACCAGGAGGAGCCCCUUUGUUUUAUUUUUGCAAAUCGGCUCUUUGCAGACAGUUCAGCAUGCCCCUGGAUUCUGUACUACAGGAGAUUCUAACAAUGCAGUCAGAUUGGACUGCACACACGUGUUUCUAAAAUGCUGGUCCUGUUACAUAUUCGGGAUGCUGCAUGUUUUUCCCUUUUUUGUCCCACUGAUGUAAUUCUUCUGGUUUUCAUUGAACGGCGUCCUACCAACAAUUUGGUAUUGGUACAGUCUCUGCAGGGAAGGAAGGAUGCAAUAGGCCUUGUCACAGCCAAAAUGGUUUGAAAAGAAUCCUGCUGUGAAUUGUGCCAGUGUUCUUAACACACAGCUUUUUGGCUACAGAUUCUCCCUGUACUAAAUACUGUGAUGUAUCCAGGGAAGCAUUAUAGCUUCCAGCAUUGAAUUUACCCUCUGCUAAGCACAAGUUUCCCCUUAUAAGCAGUUCAGUGUUCUAAAUUACUCUGGCAAUAUCUGAUUUCUGGGAUUCGGGUGCUUACCAACAUUCAGUAGUUUUCGGUUUGUAGGAAAGUCUGUUGUCCUCCCCUUGGUGGAUAAAGGCUUAAUGGUUCAUUGUUGGCACGUAAUGCAUGAUUUCUGUUACAUUUUGAAAACAAGUGAGACUUGUCCGUGCUCUCAUCUAUCCCCUUCCUCAAACCCUCAUAUAUUUUGAACAAGUAUUGUUAGCAUAGGAGCUUAAAAUCAUAUCUUUAUGUUAGUUAUUUUUUCCCCUAAUUUCUGUUACUUUUUCCUCUGCUCAGCUUUAAGAAAGGAACGGACAGCAUCAAAGUAUCCCAAAGAUACAAAAGCCAAACAGCAUCUGGAGUGGAAGUUUGUGCUCAGGCCAUCCAGCCUAGUCUGAACUUGGCCCAUGCUAGGAUCAUGUAAUGCAGGGCUGGUGCAAUUGUGUGACCCAUUCAAUUCCACAAUGCACCUUGCAGCUGCCCCAUGGCACAGUUCUAGCCAAGAGAUUUGGCUUAGUCGCCAAGUGCCUGUGCUAGGACCUGCAGGUGCUGCAGGCUGUUACCUCCAUUUCAGAAAUGAACAUGGUGCAGUCUAUUCCAUUGUCCUGCAAACUGCUCUCCAUGUCCUGUCUCUGCCCUUUGGGCUUCCAUCUUGUAUGGUCCUGUUCCCUGUAAGGUGUGGUACUCAGGGCAGCAUGGCUUACUCCAGACUGCCAUUCGUUAGUGAAGGGAGCACAGUGAGGGCCUGUUUUUAGAUCUUUUGGUUCAAUCUCAAAUUGCAUUUGAUCUGAUGCCGGUGUAAUAUACAGUGAAAAACAAUCAGCAGGAGGUGCUGGUGCAGCAGGUCUACAAGUCAAUAAACCAUCAUGAUUCUGAGA